AUGGCGGACAUCAAGAUCGACAGCAAGGCCUUCCAGGAGCGCCUGUCGCACUUUGUCAGUGCAUGGAAGGCCGACAAGCGAUCCGGCGACGCGCUCUUCACCGGUGCCUCCUCCAUCGUCAUCCUGAUGGGUAAGGUUGACGAGGAGCCCGAAUUCCACAAGAACAAUGCCAUGCACUUCUGGCUGCUUGGCUACGAGUUCCCGACAACGCUGAUGCUCUUCACCCUCGACACCCUUUACAUUCUCACGACUCAAAAGAAAGCGAAAUACCUUGACCAGAUCAAAGGCGGCCGAUUUCCCGUCGAAGUCCUCGUGCGAGGCAAGGACGCCGCCGAGAACGAGAAGCUUUUCGUCAAGAUCACGGAUGCCAUUAAGGCAGCAGGGAAGAAGGUGGGCGUGCUCACCAAGGACACCUCCAAGGGCCCCUUCGUCGACGAAUGGAAGAAGGUCUUUGCCGAUAAUUGCAAGGAUGUUGAGGAGGUUGAUAUUGCCCAAGCCCUGUCCGCCGGUGCCUUUUCGGUCAAGGACGAAGCGGAACUUCGUGCCAUGCGGACUUCGUCAAAGGCUUGCGUUGCGCUGUUGACCCCCUACUUCCUCGACGAGAUGUCCAACAUUCUCGACCAAGACAAGAAGAUCAAGCACAGCCAGCUCGCAGACAAGGUUUUCAACAAGCUUGAGGACGCCAAGUGGUGGAAGACGGUCGAGCUUCCCAACCGGCAGAAGAUGCCGGCGGAUUUCGACCCCGAGCAGCUUGACUGGAUCCUCGGCCCUAUCGUGCAGAGUGGGGGCAAGUUCGAUCUCAAGUGGCAGAGUGAUUCGGACGACCAGCCGCUUCACCCGGGCAUCAUUAUUGCGGCAAUGGGCUUGAGGUAUAAAUCCUACUGCUCCCAGAUCGCGCGGACGUUCAUGGUGGACCCCAACAAGUCCCAGGAAAGCAACUACAAGUUCCUGCUUGCGGUGCACAACCUCAUUCUCAAGGAGAUCCGCGACGGGGUUGUCGUCAAGGACGUCUAUAACAAGGCUUACAAUCUGAUUAAAGCCAAGAAGCCCGAGCUCGAGAAGCAUUUCUUGAAGAAUGUUGGCUACGGCAUCGGCCUAGAGAACAAGGACUCCACUCUUGUGCUCAGCGGCAAAAACACACGGACCUUGCGAGACGGCAUGACGCUCUGCAUCACCACCGGCUUCAGCGACAUCCAGAAUGCUGACCCUCAAGAUAAGAACAGCAAGGUAUAUUCCCUUGUUCUCACCGACACGAUUCGUGUCACCGCCAACGAGGUGGUCAUAUUCACCGGCGACGCGCCCGUCGACGCGGACGCCACAUCCUUUUUCUUCAAGGACGAGGAGGAGACCCAGCCAACCCCGAAGAAGGAGAAGAGGGACGCGCGGGUGGGUGCUGUUGCGACUAAGAACAUCACCAGCACCAGACUGCGCUCCGAGCGGAAUACAGCGCCCGACGAGGAUGCCGAGAAGAGGCGUCGGGAACAUCAGAAGGAGCUCGCGGCCAAGAAGCAGAAGGAGGGCCUGGCCAAGUACGCCGAGUCCACUGCGGAUAAGAACGGGGUCGAAGUCAAGAAGUUUAAGCGCUUCGAGUCCUACAAGCGCGACAACCAGUUCCCGCCGAAGAUCCGGGACAUGGGCAUUGUCAUUGACCAAAAGAACGCAACCAUCAUUCUUCCCGUCAUGGGCCGGCCGGUCCCUUUCCACAUCAACACUAUCAAGAACGCCAGCAAAAGCGACGAGGGCGAGUGGUCAUUCUUGCGCAUCAACUUCCUCUCUCCCGGCCAGGGCGUCGGCCGCAAGGAUGAGCAACCCUUUGAGGAUGCGUCAGCUCACUUCGUCAGGAGCUUAACCUUCCGGUCCAUGGACGGUGAUCGAUAUGCGGACAUAGCGAACCAGAUAUCGAACCUCAAGCGUGAGGCUGUCAAAAAGGAGCAAGAGAAGAAGGACAUGGAGGAUGUCGUGGAGCAGGACAAGCUGAUUGAGAUCCGAAACCGACGCCCGGCCAUGCUAGAUAACGUCUUCAUACGGCCGGCCAUGGAAGGCAAGCGGGUGCCUGGCAAGGUCGAGAUCCACCAAAACGGUAUCAGGUACCAGUCGCCUCUGAGCACCACGCAGCGGGUCGACGUCCUCUUUUCAAACGUCCGCCACCUGUUCUUCCAGCCGUGCCAGAAUGAGCUGAUCGUCAUCAUCCACAUGCACCUCAAGGACCCCAUCAUGUUUGGCAAGAAAAAGACCAAGGAUGUCCAAUUCUACAGGGAAGCGACCGAUAUACAGUUUGACGAGACUGGCAACCGGAAACGGAAGUACCGCUAUGGCGACGAGGACGAAUUCGAGGCUGAGCAGGAGGAGCGCCGCCGCCGUGCCGAACUCGACCGCCUCUUCAAGAGCUUUGCCGAGAAGAUUGCUGAGGCCGGCCGCAACGAAGGCAUCGAAGUGGACAUGCCUCUCCGCGAGAUCGGCUUCAAUGGCGUGCCGAACCGCAGCAACGUUUACAUCCAGCCCACGACGGAGUGCCUGAUUCAGAUCACGGAGCCCCCCUUCAUGGUCAUCACGCUGGAGGACAUUGAGAUUGCGCACCUCGAGCGCGUACAGUUCGGCCUCAAAAACUUUGAUCUGGUCUUCGUUUUCAAGGACUUUUCGCGGCCGCCGGCGCACAUCAACACCAUCCCCGUCGAGUCGCUCGAGGACGUCAAGGAGUUCCUCGACUCGUCCGACAUUGCCUACUCAGAGGGCCCGCUCAAUCUCAACUGGUCGGUCAUCAUGAAGACGGUGACGGCCAACCCGCACCAGUUCUUCCUUGAUGGCGGGUGGGGUUUCUUGCAGAACGACUCGGACGACGAGGACGGGUCGGAGGAGGAAGAGGAGGAGAGCAUGUUUGAGAUUAGUGAGAGCGAGCUUGAGGAGGCGUCGGAGUCGAGCGAGGAGGACUCGGAUUACGAUUCAAAUGCGUCGGCCGAGGCUAGCGACGAGGCGGAUUUGAGCGAAGAGGAGGAGGGCGAGGACUGGGAUGAGCUUGAGCGUAAGGCCAAGAAGCGGGAUCGGGAGAGCGGGCUUGAUGAGGAGGAUGCGCGGGCGAGCAAGAAGAAGCAGCGCAAGAGAUGA